AUGGCCAGUCCUCGACGUGCCACCUUCAAGUCUUCAAACUCACCAGAAUCAGACUCUGAUUCAGAAUUUUCUUCAGUGUCAUCACAUAAAACUUCUUCAGCUCCAAUGGAGAAAUCUACUCCCGGUACCGAGCCCUUGAAAGGGAUAAAAUAUGAGCAUCAGUCGUCAGGCAACAAUGACGACAACACGACGAAGAGUUUAGAAUGUCUACGAUCGCAAAUAAAGGGAAACGAGGAGUCAAACUACCCAGAACGCACCCAACACCUGGGAGAGAUACACUUCGGUAGAGUACAACAAGUUGUCAUUACUGCUAUUCGGGCAACUUAUAUCACUCUUGAAUACCAGACAAGCAAUAAAUCUGUGCAUGUAGACCAGGCUAUUGUCGAAUGGCAUGAGCGCAUUCUUCUACCGGGGGAGCCAUCCUCUAAAAUUCGAGUCAGCAUAUUUGCAUCAUUUGAAUUGGGUCCCAUGCUCUGUCACGGCGAACUCCUCCGCACAUUCGAGAUCUCUGUCGGAGAAUUAUUGGAUUGUAGCGAAUCGUCGCAUCCAAUAAUCUUCCAGCCAAAGCAGGAGGAAGUCGUAUCCGCUUGUGAUUCACUGUCCAUGAUAGUGGAGCGGCAACUUUCUGAUCAAACUGAUGCCGCACUUACAUCUCGCAAUAUGGAUGCGUUAGCACUAAGGACGGAUGCCGGGCAUCGUCUUCUCGCACGAUACCACAGGACGCAGAACAGUAGAGAUCUCAACCAAUCCAUAAAGCACUUCGAACGCGCCUUGAAUCUCUGCCCCAUGGACCAUCCCUGCCAUCCUGCAGCACUGUUCAAUUUAGCCACCACAAAGUUUAUUAGUUGCCAAGCUAACGGAACAUAUGUCGACCUCGACGUACUUAUCCCUCUUUUUCAAGAAGCACUUGAUUUACGUCCCACGGGUCAUCCUGACCAACCUAUCACCCAACUUCAUUUUGCCAUCUCUCUGUUGUCGCGCUUCGCAAAACGAGGAUUUCAAACUGAUGCCGACAUGGCUGAAGAGUUACUGUGCGAAAUCCUCAAUGUCUGCCAUGCCGACAGCCACAUUUACAGAGCAGCUUUGAUUGCAAUCGAAACAUUCGCUCUGCAUUCUGCUGGAAGCAUUGUUGUGAAUGAUCUUGAGCAGGAGCAGCCCGCCACAUCCAUGCUUCUGUUAGCGCCGGAUCAACUUGCUGAUCGAGCAAAGCGGUGUAUGCAGAGAGAUGUUGAACCCCAUGAAUUAGAUGAAGUAAUAUCUUCUCAUUAUAAUGCUGUGGGAUACUAUAACACCGGGCAUGCUUGCCGAUGGCAAUUGCUGUGUAAUCUUGCUGCCAUGCUGCACGCUCGCUUCAAGCGUCGUGGCGGUGACAAGGACUUGGAUCAGGCUAUCGCACUUUACAAGGAAGUGCUGGCUAUGUGCCCAGUCGGUCACACAGAUCGGACCGUGCCAUUAAACAACCUUGCAAAUGGACUUUCCACGCGCUUUGAGCACCGAGGCAACGACAAAGACCUAGAUCAGGCUAUCACGCUUCAUAGAGAAGCACUGGCUUUGCACCCAGUCGGUCACCCAUAUCGGUUUGCGUCAUUGAACAACCUCGCGAAUCGACUUUCCAUCCGCUUUGAGCACCGAGGCAAUGUCGAAGACUUGGAUAAGGCUAUCGCACUUCACAAGGAAGCGCUGGCUUUGUGCGCUGGGGUUUUCACAGAUCGGUCAAUGUCAUUAAAUAACCUUGCGAAUAAACUGUCCACCCGCUUUGAGCACCAAGGCAAUGCCGAAGACUUGGAUCAAGCUAUCGCACUUUGCAGGGAAGCGCUAGCUCUGUGUCCGGUCGGUCACACAUAUCGGUUCAUGUCAUUAAACACCCUCGCAACUCAACUCUCCACUCGCUUUAAGCACCAAGGCAACGACGAAGACUUAGAUCAAGCUAUCGCCAUUAACAGGGAAGCACUGGCUCUCUGCCCGGUCGCUCACACAGGUCGCUCCCUGUCAUUGAACAACCUCGCGACUGUGCUCUCUAUCCGCUUUAAGCGCCGAGGCAGCGGCGAAGACUUGGAUCAAGCUAUCACACUUCAUAGGGAAUCGCUAGCUUUGCGCCCUGUCGGUCAUAUAGAUUGGUCUAUGUCAUUGAAUAACCUUUCAAAUCAACUCUCCACCCGCUUUGAGCAGCAAGGCAACGACGAAGAUUUGGAUCAGGCGAUCACACUUCAUAGUGAAGCACUGGCUUUGCGCCCAGUUGGUCACGCAGAUCGGUCGAUGCCAUUAAAUGACCUCGCAAAUCAACUUUCCACACGCUUUGAGCACCAAGGGAAUGAGGAAGACUUGGAUCAGGCUAUUGCACUUCAUAGAGAAGCGCUGGCUUUACGGCCAGUCGGUCACACAGAUCGCUCCAAGUCAUUAAAUAAUCUUGCGUCUGGACUCGUCACCCGCUUUGCGUACAAACGCAAUAGAGAAGACCUCGACGAGUCACGAGAGCAUCUAUGCUGCGCAUUGACUCUGUUGACGCAACAUGAUCCUCUUCAAUUAUUGGUUCAUCAGUCGCUAGCUGCGGUUCAUCUAUCAUUCCUUCAAUCAGGGCUUGAUGGCACUGGCAUGGGCAAAGAUAUGAACAACCUGAAUGCUGCCAUGUAUCAUUUCAAAGCAGCAGCAAAUGUUGUCUCUGGAGGCUUACUGCAUCGCCUGCAAGCAAGUCUGAGCUGGGCUCGUUAUGCUGAUAAUUAUUCACAUGAUACUCGACUGGAGGCUUAUGCAACUUCUAUGCGACUUCUGGACGCGCACACGUCUGUGACAGCUUCAGUAUCAUCUCGUCGUGAUGCCAUAAAGGGAUCCCCAUGUACCGUAAUCGGUGUGCUUGCUGCAUCAUGUGCUCUUCACAGUGGUGACGUGCAUCGUGCUGUUGAAUUUUUGGAACAAGGCAGAACCGUCAUCUGGACUCAGAUGAUACGCCUUCGCACGCCUCUUGACAGGCUCCAGACUUGCGACGAUCAUGCAGCGACUCUGAUGAAGAGAUUCAGAGACCUCAGCUCUAUCCUUGAUAAACCUCCUGCGAACCAUUCAAAAGAGACCUCAAGAGCCGAUGUAGAAGCAGAAGAAAUCCGGUAUAGACGUCUAGUGGGGGACUGGAAUGGAAUUGUAGAAGAGAUCCGGAAGAUCGACGGCUUCUCUCACUUCCUACUCCCCCCUAUGUUCUCUGAUCUUCAAGAUGCAGCUCAUGAUGGGCCUAUCAUCAUGCUCAUCGCAGGCGCACCGUCUUGCAACGCCAUUAUUAUCCCGCACAAGCAACCUCCGAUUAACAUUCAACUCCAUACCGAUUUAUCAAAACUCACCAAAUUGGUAUUCGCAUUCCAAAAUGCAGUUGAAAAAGAGGCCGGUCCCAAAGGGAGCCAAACAGCGCUGAUAAAAGCUUUGAGGGAGUUGUGGGCUGACGUCGUUCCCGAAUAUGGUGGUGUCCGACGUGUUUUUUUCAAUUUCAUGCCGUUGCACGCUGCUGGCGAGUACAGGGCAGAUGGAAAGUCCCUUUCACAGCAGUAUAUCUCUUCAUACACACCAUCUCUCACUGCGCUGAUCAACGCUCGCAGAAGUCAUGACAGACCCCCGUUGGCCCCCUUUGUUGCCAUUGGUCAGAAUCGCCCAGCCGGUGCCUUGUUCACUUUGGAUGCUGUAGAGCCUGAGCUGGAAUUGGUGCGGAGACUUUUGCCCCCUCCCCCAACAGUUUCCUUCUCUAAGUUAACCAGUGUUGAUGCCACGAAAUCGAGAGCACUGUGCGCAUUACAAGACAAUACUUGGCUUCAUUUCGCGUGUCAUGGGAAACAGAAUCACGAACCCUUCGAAUCGGCGUUUCUCAUGCGCGACCAGCCGCUUUCGCUCCUCGACAUCACUCAAAUGGAUCUUUCUCAGCAUCAAUUUGCAUUUCUUUCUGCCUGUGAAACCGCAGUCGGUUCCCAGAGUACGCCCGACGAAGUGAUACACCUAGCGGCAGGCCUGCAAUUUGCCGGGGUUAGGAGUGUCAUUGGGACAUUAUGGAAGGUCAACGACAGUACUGUGCAGCGCUUAGUUGAAGCAUUCUACCAAAACUUUUGUGGGGAUGGAAAAAUGAAUCCCAAACGAGCUGCCUGGGCGCUGCACCAGGCAGUCCAUUCGUUGGCUUGUGACAAAGAAAUACCAUUGGACCAGCGCAUAGUGUUCAUGCAUAUCGGCAUAUGUGCGUACUUUUAG